AUGGGCGCUCUUCACGAGGGCCACCUUUCAUUGAUUCGGCAAGCAGCACGCGAGAACACAGACAUUUUCGUGAGCAUUUAUGUCAAUCCCACACAGUUCGGAGUGACGGAAGACUUGUCAAGCUACCCCCGUACCUGGGAUACCGACGUGGAGAAGUUGGAGAAGCUGAACGAGGAGCUGGAACGCCUGGGAGAAAACAGUGCUAGCGCGGGACGUAUCACAGCAAUUUUCGCCCCGACAUCCAAGGUGAUAUACCCCGGUUUGCCUCCCUCGUCCGAAGUCGAUGGCCAUGGUUCGUUUGUUACCAUUACCCCACUCUCUACAAAAUUGGAGGGUGGCUCUCGACCAGUGUUCUUCCGAGGUGUCGCAACUGUCUGCAUGAAGCUUUUCAACAUCACAACUCCCGACCGUGUCUAUUUCGGACAGAAAGAUGUGCAGCAGACCGUGGUCAUCAAGCGCAUGGUGGAGGAUUUCCACGUGGGCACUGAGGUGCGCAUUGUGGAAACCACCCGUGAAUCUGAUGGCCUGGCAUUGAGCUCACGGAACGUGUAUCUGGGAGACCGGAGGCGAUCCAUUGGACUCACUGUCUACAAGUCUCUUAAGGCUGCAGAAGAUGCCUAUCUGGCUGGUAAGACCAGCCGGGCAGAUAUCCUUGGAGCUGCAAACAGUGUGGCAGAUUCUGUCCUCUCUCAGCAGCAAGGUCUGUCACCCUCUGAGAGGGCCCUCUAUGAGGUCGAUUACAUCUCCCUUGCGGAUCCCGACACCCUCGACGAGCUGGAUAUCGUCGACCCGGCUAAGGGAGCCGUCUUGAGCACUGCAUUCAAGAUGGCACCAUUGGAAGAAUCCAGGCCUGAUGAGGACUGCGGAUUGGGAGAUGGCAAGGUCCCAGUGCGAUUGAUCGACAACCUCAUUCUGCAUCCUCGUGCUUGA